UGAAUUGUUCAGACUUAUUUUACAUCUCACUAUAUUUGUUCAACACAACCGAGGCAAAAUGUCUGGUGAAGAGACGUCGUCUGACCAACACGUAGAGAUUUGGAAGGUGAAGAAGCUGAUCAAAAACCUGGAAAAGGCGCGAGGCAACGGUACUUCGAUGAUUUCUCUCAUCAUCCCGCCGAAAGACCAGAUCUCGCGCGUGUCCAAGAUGCUGGCGGACGAGUUGGGCACUGCUUCCAACAUCAAGUCGCGUGUCAACCGCUUGUCCGUGUUGAGCGCUAUUCAAUCAGUGCAACACCGCAUCAAGCUGUACCCGAAGGUGCCCCCGAAUGGCCUCGUCAUCUAUUGCGGCGCUAUCAUCACCGAUGAGGGUAAGGAGAAGAAGGUGAACAUAGACUUAGAACCUUUUAAGCCAAUCAAUACGUCGCUGUAUCUGUGCGACAACAAAUUCCACACUGAAGCUCUCUCUGCUCUACUCGCAGAUGACGACAAGUUCGCUUUCAUCAUAAUGGACGGCAACGGGGCGCUUUUUGGAUGCCUGCAAGGUAACUGCCGCGAGAUACUGCAUAAGUUCAAUGUGGACCUCCCAAAGAAACAUGGUCGUGGCGGCCAGUCCGCUUUACGUUUUGCUCGUCUCCGCAUGGAGAAGCGCCACAACUAUGUUCGCAAGGUAUCUGAAGUAGCUGCCCAUCUGUUCAUUACUUAUGAUCGGCCCAAUAUCAAAGGCAUCAUUCUCGCUGGUUCUGCUGAUUUCAAAUCUGAGUUGUCUCAGUCAGACUUAUUAGAUCCCCGUCUGCAGUCAAAGAUUAUUAAGGUGGUAGACGUGGCGUAUGGCGGUGAGAACGGAUUCAAGCAGGCCAUCGAGCUCGCCGCCGACUCGCUGCAGCAGGUAAAGUUUAUUCAGGAGAAAAAGCUGAUCAGCAAGUAUUUCUGUGAGAUCUCUCGGGAUACUGGCAAGUACUGUUACGGAGUGACUGAUACUCUUCGCGCCCUCGAGCUCGGGGCAGUCGAGAUAAUCAUCUGUUGGGAAUAUAUUUUAGUCCAGCGCUACAAACUGAAAUCUCAUGCCACUGGCGAGGAGACCAUUUUGCAUUUGACUCCAGAACAGGAGCAGGACAAGUCGAUCUUUAAUGACAAGGACAACGGCCAAGAGAUGGAGCUUGUGGAAAGCCAGCCGCUGCUUGACUGGCUCGCAAACAACUACAAGUCUUGCGGUGCCAAGCUCGAGAUCAUCACAGAUAAAAGUCAGGAGGGGUUCCAAUUUGUGCGCGGCUUUGGAGGAAUCGGUGGAGUUUUACGCUACACGGUGGACUUCCAGUCCAUGCAGAUGGAGGAAGAGGAGAUCGACGGGCAGUACGAUCUGGACGACUAUUAAGCAUAUCGUCGAUUCUCUGCGAUCAUUGCGCACAACAUCGCAGCGUGCAACGUUCCGGCUUGUACGUCACACAUACUUGCGCUGUUUUCAAUAUAUUCCGGUGUCUAUAUUGCAUGUUAGUUAAAAUAUAAGAAAUUUAAAAUUAUGCUGUUUGGAAUAGUAAUGUCAUUUCGAUUUAUAAUUCGGGUUUUCAACUUUUAAGAUUAUAUUUGAUGUUAUCAUGUUUGAAAAUCAUAUUCAAAAUGUUCUCAUUAUUCAAUAAUCACAAAUUCCAUACUAGAAAAUAAUUUAAAUUCUUAUUUAUAGUUCAGAA